UUUUAAUAAAACAUCACUACUUAUUUUUAUUAAAAUUAAAACAAAUAACCAAUUGUAUACUCAAUGCAAAAAUAAGUAUCUAUGGUGAUGACACGUAUUACUUAAAUACCAUUGACCUUGAUGGCCGGCAAGAAACAGUUAAUUUAAAUCCAGUUGCAGUCAUUUAAACUACAAAAGUGAUAAAUCAGUGAACAUUUUGGUUUUGAUCAAAUCAAAUUAAAAUUAUGUUUACAAUAUCAAUUAUUGUUUUGGUUGCGAUUCUUGUGUAUGUAAAGUUCAUUACUCCCUGCUUAUAUUGGAGAAAGAAACAAGUGUUUUAUGUUAAACCUUGGGUCAGAUUUUUCAAAGUGUUCCUCGAAGAGAAGUCAUUCGCAGAAUCAGUUAAAGAAGCUUACGAUCAAUUUCCACAGAGACGGUACUUUGGAAGUUAUCAGUUUCUUCAGCCGUCCUUAUUCGUCCGAGAUUUGGAGCUUAUAAAAAAAAUUACAGUCAAAGACUUUGAGUACUUUCCCGAUCAUUUUCUCCUUUUUAGCAACAAUAAUGACCCUAUCACUGGGUCUAACCUGUUCGCUUUAAAAGGAGAAAAAUGGAAAGACUUAAGAUCAACACUGAGUCCCGCAUUUACAAGCAGCAAAAUGAAAUCGAUGUUUGUUUUGAUGUCCGAAAUAGCUGAAAAAUACACUGCUAAUUUAGCGAAAAAUGAUGAAGUGAUUCAAGAAUGGGAAAUGAAGAAUCUUUUUUCUAAAUACACCAACGACAUAAUUGCAACUUGCGCCUUUGGUAUAAACUGCGAUUCUUUGACGGAUCCGCAAAAUGAAUUCUUCAGAAUGGGAAAAUUACUGACUAUAGUUACAUGGUCUGUCACUAUAAGAGGGAUGUUUAUUGGAUUUUUUCCCAAAUUAUGCGAGAUAUUAAAAAUCACCCUUUUCACCAAAGAAUUAACGGAAUUUUUCUCAAGAACAAUGAAGGAUACCAUUGCAUAUAGAGAAACAAAAGGUAUAAUUAGGCCUGAUAUGGUUCACCUUUUACUUGAGGCUAGAAAAGGCAGGUUAAAAGAUGAUAUUCCCCACAACAUUAACGACGCUGGUUUUGCAACAGUUCAGGAGUCUACAAUAGGCAAAAAACUAAAUAGAAAAAUAGAGAUAACGGACGACAUUAUCACUGCUCAAGCACUCGUAUUUUUCUUUGCCGGUUUUGAUACCGCUUCUACAGUUAUGAGCUUUCUAUCAUAUGAAAUUGCUUUGAACCAAGAUAUUCAAAAAAAGCUACAAUUAGAAAUUGAUAAUGCCAUGUUAGAAUGUGAAGGAAAGAUCUCCUAUGAACAGAUUUUAAGUUUAAAAUAUGUUGACCAGGUAAUCUCGGAGACGUUAAGAAAAUAUCCACCAGGAUUUGUCUUAAAUCGUGUUUGUGCGAAAAAAUACGUGAUAGAACCAAAAAAUGAAGAUGAACGACCUUUGGUACUAGAUAAAGAUUGUGUUGUUGUCGUUCCAGUUUUUGGAAUACACCGUGACCCAAACUACUUCCCAAAUCCGGAUAAAUUUGAUCCUGAUCGAUUCAACGACGAAAACAAAUCGAAAAUUGAACCUGGUACUUAUAUGCCUUUUGGAGCUGGUCCUCGAAAUUGCAUUGGUUCAAGAUUUGCGUUAUUGGAAUCCAAAGCAUUACUUGUGCAUCUUUUAUGGAGAUUCGAGAUCCAUCCUAUUAAAAAGACUGCGAUUCCUCUCAGAUUGGCUAAAGCUGUCAGCUUGGGGUCUGUAGAUGGAUUUUGGUUGGGACUGAAAAAGAGGAGGAGUAAUAGUAAUAUGUGAUAUGAAUUAUAGUAUCAUAAUCCUUUAUUUUUAUAUAUUUUUUAUAAUUUUAUAUAAACAAAUUUAAGUCAAGUUUUAAACUUGCAUUAAAAUUUUGUACCCAUGAAUUUAUUGGGAUUUGGCGAAUUUAAAAUAAAUUGUUAUUCGUU